UUCGUCUCGCUCUCUCGUCUCGCCUCGUCUCGUGUCUCUCUCUCUCUCUCUCUCUGCGUUGCGGUGGUAUACGAAUUUUUUGUUUGCCUCGUUUCGCGCCACCCAACCCCCUAGUGGACACAGUUACAGUUACAGUUACGUUGGGCAACUACGGUUACGGCUCGAGUUUCCGUUACCGUUAGUUCUGCAGUGACGUCAAAGGCCGACGAGUGUCCGUAUCCGGGAAGUAUCGAGGAAGUUGCAGAAGUCGCCAAAAUGUCUGCCAACAACCAUCCCCAAGUGGAGCCAGCCGCCGCAGUGGCCGCCGCCCAGAAAUCCGCCUCCUCGGAAUACCUGAAGCGCACCUGCCUCAUCUGUGGCUGCCACACGAACCAGACCAUCAAUAUCUACGAGCCACGCUCCGGCCCGAACAUUGUCCAGUUGAUCCAGGCCAAAUUCAAGUUUCAGCCACUCAAUGAGGACAAGUUUCUGUGCUUCAGCUGCAACAAUUGGCUGAUCAAUUGGCACUCCCUGCAGGCGCUCAACAGCAACGAUGCCGACAGCCAGAGCCAGAGUCCCUCCGCCCAAAUGGGCAACAACAGCAGCGGCAGUCUGCUGCCGCAGGAGCGGGCGCGUCCGAUGGGUCGUCCGGUGGCCUAUGUGCAGCCACAGGUGCGCGUCAAUCCACGGUCUCAGCCUCUGGUACGCGUCCAGCCCCAACCACAGCCCCAACAGCAGCGAGUACGCGUCCAACCCCAACCACAACCCCAACAGCAGCGAGUACGCGUCCAGCCCCAAUCCCAAUCGCAGUCAAGGAUUCGCGUCCAGUCGCGGGUACGCGUACAGCCUCGACUCCGCGUGCAGAUCCAGGCCCAGCCCCGUUGCAAUGUCAACCUGGCUCCGGCGGCCAUCACCUACCGGAAGAGGAGCAGCAGCAGCAGCAGAGGCUUUGGGUCCGCCGACGGCAUGAGCAAGAUUCUCCGCCAGUGCUACCUGGAGAGCGUCAAGUUCUGGUCGCAGCCAAAGAAAAUAACGCAGCAGUCGCUGAACGAUUACCUCCGACAGUGCCAGGAGAAGAGCAAUCUGCUGGGAAAGGUGCAAGGUGUGGCGCCACGGCGCAAGCAAGCAGCGGUGGCCAGGCAGAGGACAGCCUCUGCUCCCCAGCUAAGCAAGGAGGAGUCUUUGCCACUGGCACCUGCUCCGGCAGCAGCUGCAGCUGCAGCUCCACCUCCUCCGACUCACCAAAGAUUCGCCCAGCCGAGUGUCGAUGGCAAGGUGGUGGCCAUGUUCCGUCGUUUGGGCACCACGCUCAGCAGGGAGAGUCCAAUGGAUGGACAACAAUCAGAACUAUCAGCACCCACCACCUCAACCGCAUCGCCCCGCCCUCCGCAGAUUAUGAGCCCCACCAAGCAGCGACCACGCUGGUCGCGAACGCUUGACGAUGAUGAAGUCCUGCUGGAAUUUGAUAGCGUCAUUUCCGAGGUCCUACCAGUGGCGUCAUCAUUGACAACAUCCUCACCACCAACCACCGCAAGGCGUUGCCUCAGCUAUCCAAUUACCAAUGAAAGGGAGGUGCUGGAGGAAGACCAUGGGCAAGCAGACGAGUUAGAGGAUAUGGAAGUGCUGCAGGAAGAGGAAGUGCAACUGGAGCCGCCGCAGCUCCACGACGACGCAGAAGAAAGCAGCUCCAGCGUGGAAGUUUCCCACCAAGCAACCCUAGAGCAUUCUGGCUUGCGGCUGCCCCGCGGCCUGAGCAUCAGCCUGAUCUAAGGGGCAGAUCGAUUACCCGGUAUGGGUAUGGGUAUGGGUAUCAGUGUAGGGUCCCCCAAGUGGGCCAAAAACCAUCAAAUGAAUAGUCAAAUUGAAUGCACAAAGCAUACAUAUUAUUAGGCAUUAGCUAAUGUCGUAUCUAUAGUACCUUGAAUUAUUUUAAUUGUUAGUCAAUAUAUUAGCGUAUGUAUUAGCGCCUGAGCGGAGAUUGAAUGCAGCAGACAACAAAAUACCUAAGAAUGUUAAGUUAACGAUGUGGAAAGCUCUAUAUUUAAAAUAUAUUAGUGUUAAUCAACAUACCAUUCCCCCCAUCCCCAUCCAAACCCCCACAAGCCAAUGUAGUUGAAUUUGUGUCUUUUGCUCCAAAAGAAAAAGUAUUACAAAAUAUGAAAGAAAGAAACAAACAAAUAAAAGUACUCAAAUAGCACAAC